UCCUACCUGCCCUUCUUCUCCUCCUCCUCCUCCUCGUUUCUUUUGGACCCAAAGUGCCCAUUGGCCUCUCCUUUUCUGGGCCUUUAUAUACCUGCCCCUCCCCCAACCCCAACCAGCCACUUCAAGUCCUUCAACCCAACCCACUGACACACACACACACUCCUCUCUCCCAUGGCGCUCGUCGGCGGCGGCAAGGUGGUGGCGGCGGAGCCUGGCGUGGCGCGGCGGCUGUGGCGCGUGGUGCGCGCCGUGCUGUACAUGCUGCGGCGCGGGCUGCAGGCGCCGUCCGGGCGCAAGCUCGCCAUGGACCUCCACCUCCUCCUCCGCCGCGGCAAGAUCGCCGGCAAGGCGCUCGGCCACCUCGUCACGUUCCACCACCACCACCACAACCAUGGGCACGGCUUCUCCGCCUCGGCGGCGGCGGCGGGGUCGUCGUCGCUGUCGUGCCGCGGCAUCGACCCGGCGCUCGCGGUGUACGAGCCCUCGCGCGGGCGACGCCGCGAGGUCGAGUUCAGCUGCAGCAACACGCCCUCCUCCACCACCGGUGGCGGCGGCGGCGGCGGCCUCCUCGGACGCCGCCGCCGAAACCGCCACCACCGCCGCGACGACUACGGGUUCUCCAACGACGCCGGCGCCGGCGGAAGCGGUUACUACGACCACGGCUACGACGCGGCCUACGUCGCCAGGGUGUUCGAGAUGCUCAACGACAGCGAGCACCUCUUCAACGACGACGACGCCGCCGUGGCCGUGGCGCCGGCCACCGCCGAGACGACGCCGCUGUGGACGCCGGCCCGCUCCCACCACUCCCACAGCCCCGCCCCGGCGGCGCCGAGCCGGCAUCGCGGCCGCACCACCGACUCGCCGUUCGCCGCGAGCAACGGCGACGAGGCCGGCGGCGGCGCGCAGCAGCAGGUGGACAGGAAGGCCGACGAGUUCAUCAGGCGCUUCUACGAGCAGCUGCGCGCGCAGCGCAGCGUCGCCGCCACGCCGGACUACUACGGCGCCAGCCCGUACGCCGGCCGCCGCGCGCCACGGCCGGUCGCCGCCGGCAUCGCCUAGAUCGCGGUCGAUCGCCAUAGCCACGCACACGAUCGAUCGAUCGAGAGACAAGCCUUUCUUUGUACGACGUUGUACGGCUGUGCUUUGUACACCAAACUCCAUGUUGCUACCAUUGCUACUACUGCGUACUAAUUACUUGUCAUGUCCUAAACCCUAAAAACCAGUAGCAUCUAUCAAAAGAGAUUAAUUUUUGCUGUGUUUAAUUGUUCUUAUUCAGUUAUUCUAAUGCUCCUUACAUAAUAAUCACUAGAAAAUCAGUUGAUUUA